AUGCCGGGACGCUCGUACGACGAGCUAGCAGUCGAUACAUCAGCAACACACAGCUACGAUACAAUACAUGGCGGCGACGACGACGGCGAGCAUGAUGGCGCGGGUGGAUCGGCUGGACCUGCUGCUGGGCUACCUGGAGGAGAUGCACCGCAAUGGCAACGGCAACGCUAGUCCCCCUAGUGCUACAACCGCAUCAUCACCCUCCACCCUUGCCGCCGGCGGAGUCCAUCUCAUCAGCAGUGACGACGACGUCGACGUCGACUCCUCCGCCGGCCCCAGCACGCCGACCUGGCGCCGGCCGCGGCCCGCCAAGGAGGUGCUGGAGGAGGCGCAGGCCAAAGGAAGCCUCAUCGACCGCAUAGCCUCUCUGGAACACCGUGUGCUCAAGAUGGAAGAGGACAUGGAGGUCACACCAGCUAACACGGACAAGGCUAGCCAACAGCCGAGAGCGACGAUGAUGAUGAGCAAGAACGACGAUCCAAGCAGGAAGAAGAAGAAGAAGGGGCUCAAGAGCUUGGUCAAGUCCUGCCUGCGUCAUCAGAGGCAACCUCAAACCUUUUAGGCGUUUCGCUGCUGCAGCUGCGGCUGAGCUACGUGUACGUGUGUGUAUAUAUAUAGGCUAGCAGUGUGAUGAACUUGUGUGUAUGCAACUAUGAGUUUAUAAGGCCAACCAAGUACGUAUGAUGAACAAAUUGGCAAACGGAGAUCGAUCGAGUACAUCUUCUGGGUGUACUUUGACGUUGCUGCUCUAUACCAAAACCAAAGUUCUUCUGAACGGUUUCCUGCA